CGCGCCACGCCGUCGCCCGCGCCGCCACCCCUCACUCAGUCUCCGCCCGAGGACCGUGACCGCCAUUCUCCCCCCCCCCGCUUCUUCUCUCCUUUAAUCAUUAAAUUUAAGAAAAUAAAAAUCCACCUCUUCUGCCUGUUGGAUUGCGGGGAUUUUUUUUUAAAUUUUUAUUAUUUAAAAGAAAAAAAAGAAAGAAAAGACUCCGUCACUGUUAUUUUUCGUCUCGUUUUAACAAUCCUGGUGUGACCCAAGACAGCCCCGCCGGGAGACGCUGCCGUGAGGUGGGCCAGCUCGCAGGGAGAGCACCGAGGCAGCCUCGAGGGCCAGUGCGCCGCCAAGGACAAAAGGAAGCCCGCGCCGUCCGCCGUUCCUCGCCGUCAGCAUGAAGAAGACCGAGAUGGGAAGGUUCAACAUCUCCCCGGAUGAGGACAGCAGCAGUUACAGCUCCAACAGUGACUUCAACUACUCCUACCCCACCAAGCAGGCUGCUCUGAAAAGCCAUUAUGUGGACGUGGAUCCGGAGAACCAGAACUUUUUACUUGAAUCAAAUUUGGGGAAGAAGAAGUACGAGACAGACUUUCAUCCAGGUACUACUUCCUUUGGAAUGUCAGUAUUUAAUCUGAGCAAUGCGAUUGUGGGCAGUGGAAUCCUUGGGCUUUCUUAUGCCAUGGCUAAUACUGGAAUUGCUCUUUUUAUAAUCCUCCUGACGUUCGUGUCAAUUUUCUCCCUUUACUCCGUCCAUCUCCUCCUCAAGACGGCCAACGAAGGAGGAUCUUUACUAUACGAACAGUUGGGACAUAAGGCAUACGGUCUGGCUGGGAAGCUAGCAGCCUCCGGAUCGAUUACAAUGCAGAACAUUGGAGCUAUGUCAAGCUACCUCUUCAUAGUGAAAUAUGAGUUACCUUUGGUGAUCAAGGCAUUAAUGAACAUUGAAGAUACGAAUGGGUUGUGGUAUCUGAACGGUGACUAUCUGGUCCUGCUGGUGUCCUUUGUCCUCAUUCUCCCAUUGUCACUGCUGAGAAAUCUAGGAUACUUGGGGUACACCAGUGGCCUUUCUCUACUCUGUAUGAUCUUCUUUCUGAUUGUGGUGAUUUGCAAGAAGUUUCAGAUCCCAUGCCCUGUGGAAGCCGCUUUGAUGGCCAACGAAACUGUGAACGGCACCCUUGCCCAGGCAGCGUUGGUGGCGCUGGCAUCCAACGUCACCGCAGCCGAUGUUUGCAGGCCUCGAUAUUUUAUCUUCAACUCCCAGACGGUGUACGCUGUGCCCAUCCUGACUUUUUCCUUUGUCUGCCAUCCUGCUGUGCUUCCUAUCUAUGAAGAGCUGAAGAGCCGCAGCCGGAGAAGGAUGAUGAACGUGUCCAAGAUUUCUUUCUUCGCCAUGUUUCUGAUGUAUUUGCUUGCCGCCCUCUUUGGAUACCUGACCUUUUACGAGCACGUGGAGUCGGAAUUGCUGCAUACCUACUCUGCGAUUGUGGGAACUGACAUUCUCCUCCUUGUUGUCCGCUUGGCUGUGCUGAUGGCUGUCACCCUCACGGUCCCAGUUGUCAUUUUCCCAAUCCGGAGUUCCGUCACUCAUCUACUGUGUCCUACAAAAGAGUUCAGCUGGUUCCGGCACAGUAUCAUCACUGUGACCAUCUUGGCCUUCACCAAUUUGCUCGUCAUCUUCGUCCCCACGAUUAGAGACAUCUUCGGGUUCAUUGGUGCGUCGGCGGCUGCGAUGUUGAUUUUUAUCCUCCCGUCUGCCUUCUACAUCAAGUUAGUGAAGAAGGAACCUAUGCGGUCUGUGCAGAAGAUUGGGGCUCUGUGUUUUCUCCUGAGUGGCGUAGUGGUGAUGAUUGGAAGCAUGGGCUUGAUUGUUCUGGAUUGGGUGCACAAUGCCUCUGCAGGUGGGCAUUAACAGCCCCACUCAGAACUGGAUGGUCCAUCCGCCUGCCGCGUGAGUCCGACUCUCAACUCGCUCGUCGCUCGGAUUUCACCUGAUGCUCUCAGGUCACUUCCUUUUGAAGUGGUCUCCUCGCUGGUUCUUCUGGAUGCAGAAUAAGUGAACUUUUCUUUCUCUUUGUUUUUUUAAAAGAAGCUUAUCUGUGUGUUAGGGAAUGGAUAUUGACAACAAAAACCACGAGCCUUGGGGUAAGGGAAGUGACAAGUGUAUUCCAUUCCAGAGAAUGGACGAACUUUUAACUUUUAUCAAAGCCACUUGUUUGGCUGUCUCAUUGUUUAACUUGGAUAUUUUAUGAUUUUACUUGAAUGUGCCUAACGGAACCAUUCGAUGUGAGAAACACUUCUUAAUUUACAGCAAAGUAUUGAAAUAAGCAUUGAGAAAACACUUAUUUUUUGUACCAAAAAAAAGAAUACUUUAAAAGACCUCAGAAGCACUAUUUUACUUUGAAGAAACUGCAUUUUUGAACUUUAUCCAGAACCAGUUGUCAAUAAACUCUGUAAAACAAUUUCAUUGAUAUUUAAAAAUGAAUAUUAGUGCUAUGAAAUUAUUUGCCUUUUUUGUAGGCAUUAUAAGCCAAAUACUUUUUUACCCAAAAAUCAUUUUCGGGAAAAAAAUGUUACAAAAAAUUGUACCAUGAAUUAGCAUGGUUUUGUUUUUGUUCAUUCAGAUUCAUUUGAAGGAUAAUUGGUAAUGGCUGCACCAAAUCAGGUGAACUCUGUUCAUCGCUUUUUUUGCCUCCAGAUAAUUGGUUCAUUAAAACUAAAAUGUUUAUGUCAUCAAUUAGGCUGGGAAACAGUGCAGAGAUUUCUGUAGGAAAUGAAAUAACUGAUUUUGAGGUACCAAAUAGUGCAAUUGGGUAAAACAGGGUUUAUUCAGUUGCGUCUGUCUCCAGAGUUAUUGUCAGCUCUGGGUCGUGCUUUUGGGCCCAUCCUUUAAAACAUUGCUUCCAAAAGUGAAACCGGGCGUUUGAUGGCAAUAGGCCCAAACUGUCCAAUAGAAAGUAGAACUUUCAGACGCUCAUCUACUGGAAGCGUGACUUACUUGACAACACGUGGCCCAGUUGUGCUCCUGCCGUGUCUACAGCAGAGGUCUCAAUGGCAGGCUGCACCACGCUGGUACAUGGCACGCUCGCUUCAGAAAGGUCACUGGGUUUCUCAUGCAGUAAGCUUUCUAAAAACUUGCACUGGAUCGUCAUCUCAUUCUUGUACAACGCAGAAUUAUUUGUUUACAUCGAACAAAUGAUUAGCUAGGGGAAGAAGUACAAGCUGGUUGUCCUCAGUUUCCGGUCCAACUGCAUGCUUGCCUUUCCAUUUCAAUUCCAGUUAAAAGUGAAGACAUUACUUUGGAGCUUGGCUUUAAGAGCACAUUUACUGUAUGUUAACGGUGUAUGGUGAAUAUAUUAUUAAAUAAUGUGGUACUUUGCUCAUCAGGCAUAAUGUCUAAGAUCUAAUAUACAUAAUUCCAUUAAGUGUGGUGGAGGGGAGCAAGUGGUAGCAUCUGUUGAUCAUCUGGCUUGUGAGGUUUUUUUUUCUCUUGAACUAAAUGUCUUUAGUUUGAGGCAAGGGCCAGAAGAAAUGUGACACACAUGGUUUUUGUUACAGUUUUGUGUAUUGUAUAUGUGACUAAACUCAUAGGCAAGAUGUGUCUGCUAUGAAAGACCUUUGCAGACUGAAAGACAUCUGGUAGUGCUACAUUGGAUACAACCAAUGGUCAGUUCUGCCCCGAAGAUGAAACCAUUGGGGACCGUGUAGACGCAAAGGCAGUGAGAAGACACUCCACCGUGCUGCUUUCCUGUCAUCCAAAUCCAGAACCUCACCUGUAGUCAAAAGACUUUGCAUUUCCGCUUGAAGUCCUGGAAAGAGUCUCCGAUAAGAUCUGCCAGGGGAUGCUGAGAAACAGGCAUCCAAGAGAAGGUGCCAUGGCAACCAGGAUCCUGUUCACAGCCAAUCAGUGUGGAGAGACUUCCCAAACCUUUUGUGAGGGAGCAUGAUCGAAGGUUCCAAAAUGAAUUUCAGGCCAAAUUCCAAUGCUUGGGGCUAUUUUAUCUGCCUUGAGGUUCCUAAACUGAGUUCUCAGUCUUGAGCAGUCUUCAGUAUUAAAACCACUGUCCUGUCACCUCAGUUUGCAUUGCUGUCUUCCACGGAACGUUUCAAUAACUGUACUGUUAUUUAUAAAGCAGCAUUAAUCCAUUAAAGCUAACCUAUUUUUCAAUAUUUAUGAUAAACUGUACAUACAUUGUCCAUAUGUAUUUGUAAAUAGAUUGUAUAUACUGUCGGAAUUGGGUCUUGGGUUCAAGUGUAAAUAUUCCCCCAAGUUUCUUAACUGCAUUUUGAUGAAUUCACAUUAUACAUAAACCCCCAAAUGACUUGUACAGGAAAUUCAGUAUUAGAAAUUGACAUUCUGUAUACUACUAAAAUUGAAAAUAACUCGUUUGAAUUGUAUUUGGAAUGAACUGGUUGGAUGUCAGCUUAAGUUCAGAUAUCUAAUUAAAGCUUUAGAUGAGGCAUAAAUUUUCAAAAUACAGUAGCUACAAACGUGGCUGUCUGGGUGACAUGUGAUCUCAAUGAAAGUCACGUGAACUCCUUGUGUGUGUGUAUAUAGUGUAAAUGUCCCCACUGUACUGUUAGAGGCUAACAUGCCCGUGUGGCCUGUUAGCAGGGAGUGAGUGCUACACCAGUUUCAAUGAAACCAUGUAUGUUUGUUUUAACUGAACUAAAAUAAAUACCCGCUUAAUCCUGA